UGUAUCUCAAAACCAGUGUGUUCAAUUUUAUGUUACUAGUUUUAUAUGCUACAUGCAUUUACAUACUUUGAAAAGGAAGUUGUAGCAGUAGGACAAAAUAACAAACAAACAUAGCAAAGAACCAGGCUGGAAAAAAAACUACAACAAUGACAUUCAAUACCAUGGAACUACUGCAGAGAGUAGGAGAGGAAAUAAUCUGGAUUGUGGAUACAAUUCUAAUGUUCAUUACUCGUUACACUGGUAUUCAGAUUGUGAAAGUCGAUAAGGGAGAACUACUUAGGAAAUUCAAUGAGGUGCUAGAAGAAGAUGAUGAUGUACAUCUAUCCAGAAAAUGGAUGAAGCCUGCAACCCUGUACAUGAAUGCUUGGUCAGGUGAUCCUAAUAUCAGACCUAGUAGAUUGAUGGCAAUUCACUCACAAUUGAAUUCCUAUAUUGAAAAUGAUAGACAAAUCAGCAAGUACCUAAAGGAAAAUCCUUCAGUUUUACAGAUACCGAUUCAGCGGCCCAUAUUCAUUGCUGGUCUCCCUCGUACUGGGACAACAUAUCUUCUCAAUCUACUAGCCAAAGACCCUGGUAACCUAGCGCCACCUUUAUGGCAGCUUCUCUCCUCCCCAGUACCACCUACUCUGGCCGAGGAUCCAGCAAAAAUUAAGUCUGCACAGUUUAUUGUAGAUUGUUUUAUGAAUGCUGAAUCUAAAAUGAAGCGUUAUGCAAAUUCAUUACUUCCUGAUGAGUGUGCCAUAAUGCUUGAUCAGACUUUGUGUGGCAGAUUGGGACAGAACUUAAGACUAGGUAUGGAUGACUAUUACCAAUGGUACAACAGCCCUGACCCUGAGGUGCAUGAUACCGUUUACAGAUUUUACAAGAAAUUUCUACAAAUCCUGGCCGUGAAGCAAGGGAAAGGGUCCAGAAGGUAUGUACGUAAGGAUUUUGGACACAUGGCACGAUUAGACUCCAUUCUCAAGGUUUUUCCGGAUGCAUGUAUCAUCCACCCAACAAGGAAUCUAAAAAGCAUAGUUGGGUCUACGUCUUCCUUAUAUGAAUGUGUACUAAAAUCAUCCCAUAGAAAUCCAGAUAAACAUCAGGUGGCCAAUCAAGCUCUCAAUCAUUUGAGCUUCUUUACGGAUGCCUUUCUAAAAUUUCGUCAGGAAUACGACCAUAUUUUAACACCAGGAUCGAAAAGCCAAUUUCUUGAUAUCAACUACAAUGAACUAGUGGAGACACCUAUGCUGCUUGUGAAGAAGAUCUAUGAUUGUUUUGACAUGACCCUGACCCCAGAAGCAGACGUCGCAAUGAGAGACUAUAUAAAGGAGAACCCUCAAUAUAAGUAUGGGCGGCAUGUGUACAAUUUGGAGGAAUAUGGAAUCUCGGAAAGAGAGAUUCAAGAAACUUUUGAAGACUAUGUGGAUUAUUUCAACAUCCAAUAAAAC